UAAUUAGUAAUUAAUAUUUAAAGGACCAAGGCAAUAGCUGAAGACGAAGAAGACCGCUAUCAUCAUAUCGAAACAGCACACUAGUUGGAUAAGGAGAGGCUUAAGGGCGGUUCUUCCUAUCGUCGCGCCUCCCUACCACAACCCCUCUCUCCCUUCCGUGGAACGUUAUGGCUUCACAACAACAAACUGUUCGUGAGUGGUCUGGAAUCAAUACAUUCGCUCCUGCUACUCAGACUAAGUUGCUUGAACUCUUGGGACAACUUAAACAAGAGGAUGUGAACUCCUUGACUAUACUUGUGAUGGGAAAAGGUGGCGUUGGGAAGUCUUCAACUGUGAACUCCAUUAUUGGGGAAAGGGUGGUUUCAAUUAGUCCCUUUCAGUCUGAAGGGCCAAGACCUGUUAUGGUGUCACGAUCAAGGGCAGGUUUUACAUUGAACAUUAUCGAUACUCCUGGUCUUAUUGAAGGGGGAUACAUCAAUGAUAUGGCGCUUAAUAUAAUAAAAAGUUUCCUUCUGGACAAGACCAUAGAUGUUCUGCUUUAUGUGGACCGCUUAGAUGCGUAUCGAGUAGACAACUUGGAUAAGUUAGUCGCCAAAGCUAUAACUGACAGUUUUGGCAAAGGAAUAUGGAAGAAGGCUAUAGUAGCACUCACACAUGCCCAAUUCUCUCCUCCAGAUGGAUUGCCUUAUGAUGAAUUCUUCUCAAAAAGAUCCGAGGCUCUCUUGCAAGUUGUAAGAUCAGGUGCCUCCUUAAAGAAGGAUGCUCAGGCUUCUGAGAUUCCUGUUGUUUUGAUCGAGAAUAGCGGGAGAUGCAACAAAAAUGACAGUGAUGAAAAGGUUCUUCCAAAUGGGAUUGCUUGGAUUCCUCAUCUAGUCCAAACAAUCACUGAAGUUGCAUUGAACAAAAGUGAAUCUAUUUUUGUUGACAAAAAAUUGAUUGAUGGACCGAAUCCAAAUCAGCGAGGAAAAUUAUGGAUUCCUCUCUUAUUUGCUCUACAAUACUUCUUUCUCAUGAAGCCAAUAGAAGGACUAAUCAGGAACGACCUUGCUAAUGAAAAAAAACCAGCAUGGGAGACUCGUGAUACGGGUGCAGGUGUUCGGAAGUAUUAGCUCCAAUUGCUGACACAUCUUUCCUUUGUGUGUAUCUGUUCUAUUAUCGGAUUUAGUUGUUUUCAUGCGAUUCAGUUUGAGGCAUAGGAAUUUGUUUGGAAUUUUGAGAUUGAUUUGUGUUGUGAGAAGUUGUUGCGUAUGCUUUUGCAUAGUCCAGUUUAAUAGAAUUUGAUGUAGCCACUACCAUUUAUUUAGUCCUUUAACAAUUUCUGUAGCUCCAUAAAUUCUUCAAUAUCACGAAAUAUUGAUGACUA